CGCCGCCGCUGCCGAAGCCCGAGGCUGAACCGCCGCCUCUGCUGCCUCGCGUCGCUGCUUCGCCAGGCGGGGGAAUGCUGGGGAAAGGGGGAGUCGGCGGUGGCGGCGGCACCAAGGCGCCCAAGCCUUCCUUCGUAUCGUAUGUGCGCCCUGAGGAAAUUCAUGCAAAUGAAAAGGAAGUAACAGAGAAGGAAGUCACUCUUCACUUGUUGCCAGGUGAACAACUGCUCUGUGAAGCCAGCACAGUCUUGAAGUAUGUGCAGGAAGAUUCCUGUCAGCGGGGCGUCUAUGGGAGACUGGUCUGUACGGACUUCAAGAUCGCCUUCUUGGGGGAUGAUGACUCAGCCUUGGACAAUGGAGGUGAAACUCAGUUUAAGAAUAAGAUUGUAGGAGAAAAUGAUGUUCCACUUCACUGUGUGGAUCAGAUUUAUGGAGUAUUUGAUGAGAAAAAAAAACCUCUGUUUGGACAACUGAAGAAAUACCCCGAGAAGCUUGUUAUUCACUGCAAAGAUCUGCGGGUGCUACACUUUUGUCUGAGGUACACAAAGGAAGAGGAAGUCAAAAGGAUUGUCUGUGGCAUAAUCCAUCAUACCCAAUCUCCUAAACUGCUGAAAAGACUGUUUCUGUUUUCCUAUGCAGCUGCAGUGCACAGCACAGCCACUGAUCCCAGGAACCAUACUGUAAUGUUUGACACACCUAAAGACUGGUCUUGGGAGCUGGAGCGGACUAAGGGUAGUGUGAAGUACAAAACAGUGCGUGUAAAUGAAGGCUACAGAAUCUGUGACAGGUUGCCAGCAUACUUUGUUGUUCCCACUCCCCUUCUCGAAGAGGAUGUGCAGCGUUUUCAGGGCCAUGGCAUACCAAUCUGGUGUUGGUCCUGCCACAAUGGAAGCGCCCUUUUGAAAAUGUCAGCACUGCCCAAAGAGCAAGAUGAUGGCGCUCUGCAGAUCCAGAAGAACUUCUUGGACGGAAUUUACAAGACCAUCCACAGGCCACCCUAUGAAAUUGUUAAAACUGAAGACUUAUCAAGCAACUUCCUGACCCUGCAGGAAAUCCAGAAUGCAUACUGUAAAUUUAAGCAGCUGUUUCUGAUAGAUAACAGUACGGAAUUUUGGGACACAGAUAUAAAGUGGUUUUCUCUGUUAGAAAGCAGCAGCUGGCUUGAUAUAAUCAGACGCUGCCUAAAGAAAGCAAUAGAGAUUACAGAAUGCCUGGAAGCUCAGAGCAUGAAUGUCCUCCUCUUGGAAGAGAACGCAUCUGACCUCUGCUGCCUCCUGUCCUCACUGGUGCAAGUGAUGAUGGACCCCCACUGUCGAACCAGGACUGGGUUCCAGAGCCUCAUCCAAAAGGAGUGGGUCAUGGGUUGCCACUCCUUCUUGGAUCGCUGCAACCAUCUCCGACAGAGUGACAAAGAGGAAGUCCCAGUGUUCCUGCUUUUCUUAGACUGUGUCUGGCAGCUUGUGCACCAGCACCCUCCAGCAUUUGAGUUCACAGAGACUUUCCUGACUGUUCUGUCAGAUAGCUUAUACAUACCUAUUUUCAGCACCUUCUUCUUCAAUUCGCCUCAUCAAAAAGAUACUAACGUGGGUAGGGAAAGCCUGGAUACACAAAGCAAGCCUUUGACUCUGCUCACCGUGUGGGAUUGGUCAGUACAGUUUGAACCCAAAGCACAGACAUUGCUUAGAAACCCUCUCUAUGUGGAAAAGCCAAAACUGGACAAAGGCCAGAGGAAAGGAUCACGUUUCAAACAUCAGCGACAGCUUUCUUUGCCACUCACCCAGUCGAAGUCAUCUCCCAAAAGAGGAUUUUUCAGAGAAGAAACAGAUCAUUUAAUCAAAAACCUUUUAGGCAAGAGAAUUAGUAAGCUUAUUAACUCUUCUGACGAGUUCCAGGACAACUCUCGAGAGUUCUAUGACAACUGGCAUAGUAAGCCCACAGACUACCACGGCUUGUUACUGCCUCACAUCGAGGGGCCAGAAAUCAAGGUGUGGGCCCAGCGCUACUUACGUUGGAUUCCAGAAGCCCAAAUCCUGGGUGGUGGCAGAGUGGCCACUAUGAGCAAACUGUUGGAGAUGAUGGAGGAAGUACAGAGCUUACAGGAAAAAAUCGACGCCAAGCACCACAGACAGGAGGCGCACACACAGGCACCGUGUCUGCUCAGGAACUCUGCCCGCCUGUCCUCUUUGUUCCCUUUUGCAAUGCUCCAGCGACAUUCCUCUAAGCCUGUCUUACCCACCAGUGGCUGGAAAGCUCUGGGAGGUGAAGAUGACUUGGCCAAACGAGAAGACGAGUUUGUGGACCUAGGGGAUGUGUGACCUGUCUCCUCAGGGACUGUGUGAAAGAGGCAUGCCAGAGGGUGGGACAGCUGUUCCUGGACUGGUGUCACGGUGUUAGUCCAGUACUGUGGAGGAGAAAGCCCAGGCUCCCGGGAAGAGAGCUGGUUCUUCUUUCUUUCCCAGUCUAAAAGAUGAUGCAAUUAAAGCUGUGUCUCCAGCACUCAGAGAACAGAUCCUGCUUGACCUGCCAUAGGAUUGGAGUCAUUUCCUGACACCUGUAUAACAUGUACACAAAAUGCCUCACGGCCAGGUUGCUGUGAAAUCUUCCUUCUAUUUUCUGUGCCAAGAUAAUUAUGUAGCCUUGGGAACAAGAGCGAGGUCAGCUUUAUAUAGUGUCUGUAAAUGGAGAGACGGAAAAAUAUUCCUUUUCUAUGGAAUUUUCCAUAGAAAAGCUGGAAAAUUCCACUGGUGUCAUUCAUCCUAACAUUCAGACCCUUCUCCCUUGACUGUAACAAGGUGGGGUGGUGGCAGCCACCCUUCCUCUUUCCUGGGCCGACAUUCCUAACUUCCUUCUUCCUGCUCCUUGCCAUCUGCACUGCCCACCUUGGUGCAAAUUGUCCCAGUGUCUUGCUGCUGACCUCUUGAUUAAACUGGGGAAUCCCUCUGUCUUCCAAGGGGAGCUUCCAUUCCUUGGAUCCCUCCAUUUUGAGCAUGCAUUUGGUCUUCUAUUUAUGUCCAGAGGCUCAUGGCACCUGGACUGUUGCCUCUCCGCAACCCCUCAGUUGCUCCCCACUCCUUCCCCCUUACUGUCAUGGACACUAGGGCAGGCAGGUCACUUUCACAGGAAAGCCAUUGUGUCACAUGUGAUUAUCACGGGAUGCCUCAGUAAUUUAAAAGCCAUAGAAGAAACUCAGCUCUGCCUGGUCACCUUGGAUCUGCUGUUUUAAAGAUAAUAUAUUUUUUUUAGGGUUUGAAAGUAUACUUUGUAAGGAUCAUUCCUGUUGUUCUUAAUGGAACCCUGUGCAACCCCUCAAAAGGCAGGGAGCGUGGAGAGUAGGAUGGGAUGAGGAACCUCAUUUGAGAAUGUCUCAAGUGUUUGCCUUUCUACAGUUGCUGUUUUGGAGAGAUCCUGUUGAGGAAAUCUUUGUUGCUCAUGGGCAAUAAGGCGUUUUGAAACUUUACAAAGAGUUCUUUCUGAUUUGCACUGAGUCAUCUUUUGUACACAAUGACCAUUUUUUCUUCUUCUCCCCUCCACACCAAUGCACAAAGUCAGGUUGGUGUGUUGAGAUGGCAUGUUGAGGGGAGGCGAGAAUUUGUGUUUCGAGGGCCAGAUGCACUCAGUCUUGGUUGCCUUAAGAGUCUUUCAGGCCAGGUCCGUGCUCGGCUUGUCAUAGGGAAUUUUAAAGCAUACACAUUCUUAGCUACCUUCACACGAGUUCUUCAAGCGUUCUAAACUAUCAGUAACCGCCACUUCCUCUCUGCCACUACUUCCCAAAAACUCAGUAGAUAACUAUUUUUGUUACCAUAUUAUAACGGGAAUAUUUAUAUGGUAGUCUCUAUAGUCUUAUGAUUUCCUUUCCAAAAAUGCCUCAUGUGAUGUCUUAUCCUUCACAAGGUAUAGUUUAAAGGCACAAGGUCAUGUCCAUUGUUAUAGCAGUUGAAUGUGCAUUGAAUAUUUUUCUAUUUUUUUAAAUCACAAUAGAAAAAGUAAGCAAGCUGUUGUCACCUGUGUGAUUUAUGACCAUUUAUGUAUUUAUAUUUGAAACAAGAUUUCUAUAACUUGUAUUUGUGUAUAGAACUUUCCAUGGGUUUAUAUAUUGUGAAUUUUUAUCCAAGAUUGAGAUGUGGAUUAUGCUUAACAUUAAAAGAUAAAAUAAGACCAUUUGUUUAAAAUGUACUGUGCAUGUUUGGAAGUGUAUAUUAAUAAUUUAUACCUGGCAUUUGUUUAUACCUCCAAGUUUUUACACUGAAGAUAAACUAGCUUUAAUUACAUUCAAACAAUUUAAGGGCGUAAGCAGUUAGGCUGAGUCAGUAUAAACAUUCAGCUUAUUUUCUGGUGUUAAUGAAGGUUUAUUCUCCUGUCUCACUGCAUUGUAGCUGACUGCAGAGAUUAAAGCACAACUUAGAAGCA